AUGAUACCCUUUUCGACUCUGCUCCUCAGGAGCUAUUAUCAAGCUAUAGGAUGGAAUCAAGAUAAUACUUAUUCCAAUUUGACUCGGUCUUCAGCCGACAAAAGAGAUUUUCAGAUCCCUCAAAGUUUGGUACUUCAACUUGCCAACAACCCUACGCCUAUCUUUUUCACUAGUUAUUCUCUCGAUGCUCUUCCUCAAUUGAAUGGGGCGAUAUCGUAUAUCACAACUUCUGAGGCUAUACAAGGUAUCGGUCCGUCAAAAAGUGUACCCUUCCGCGAUGUUGUCGAGCGUUUUCGAAUUUAUCCCCCUCCGAAAAAACCAUUACCAAAAGAUGAAAUUUGGUUAGGUGGUCGUCGUAUCGAAGGAAGAGAUUAUCUACUAUAUUCACGUCUUCAUCUUCCAACUCUACAUUUAUCAGGUCUAGCAGUCACACGUCUAACUCCUACUCUUCAAGCUCAUUUAGCUUUUUUAUCUCAACCUCAACCUCGAACCACUCGACCAACAUCACCUAACAAUCCUUAUUCUCAUUCUCAAUCUCGUCAACCUAGCGAAGUUUCCAAUCCUGUUCCUGCUCCUCCUGGAAACGUUCUAUUGAGCUUACAACAUGAUACAGGUAGAUAUAGUGGGGAAUACACAUAUUCGGCUCAAGAUGGAAUGUUCGGAUUAAGAGGUUUAUAUAAUUUCGGUUGGAAAGGUGAUGGUGAAGAUGAAGAGGAAAGAUCUAAGGAAAAGGAUAAAAGGAUAGAUGAAGAAGAAAUGAUGGAAGGUGGUUUGAGAGGAAGGUUUUCAGCUGGUGGAGAAGUUUAUUUUUCUGCAAAACAAAGAAGUUUCGGUAUAUCUACCGGUGUAAGAUUCACUACCAUUCCACCUAUUUUACCAAUCCCAUUACAUUCUCCUCCACCUAGUCCACCAACGACUUUAACACUACUUUACAACCCAUUGAUAGGAUUCAUAUCAUCCGCUUAUUCCGCACAAAUAUCACCUACCGUAGCAGUAUCUUCUCGAUUUGGAGUCAACGUUUAUUCUUAUGAAAGUGAUUUAUCAAUAGGUGGUGAAUGGUGGAUUGGGAGAAGAAGGGGAAAAAAACAUUUAUCCGAAUUAACAAAUCAACUUGAACCACCAUUGGUUCAAGAUAAUACGGAAGAUAGAGAUGGAGUUUUAAGAGCUAGGAUAUCAGGUACAGGAUCUUUGGCUGUAUUGUAUGAAGCUCGAAUAAAGAAUUGUUUGGUUUCAAUCGGAGCUGUGAGCGAUUUUACUAGUAGACAAAGACCGAUAAGGUCUUUAGGUUUGGAAGUUCAAUAUUAUUCGUAG